AUGAAAAUUAUUUUUAUGUUUAUUUUAGCAUUCUUUGUUUUAUCAAGUAAAGCAACCCUUCCUUCGUUCGAUACUAUUGUAUUUCAAGAUAACACAACAAAUCCUAUUUGCACUGGUUCUGUAACUUUGGGUGGUUGUGGUGAAAUUUGUGAUCAGGUUUAUAUAGGUUUAAAAGAGGCUAAAUCUAACGGCAAUGUCACUUUUUUUAUUAAUUUCAAUGAAUGUAAUGAAGAAACAAGCUAUACGGAUACCUCUUUUAUUUGUAGUACUACCAAACCACAUUUAAAACUUUAUAUGGUUGAUGGUAAAAACUAUCAAUACAAUGUUACAUGCUCAUGCUCUAACAAGAAAAGUUGUACUGGUGUAAUCAUCAAUGAUCAUUCAAGUUCUAAUACAAGUUCAAAUCUUAUUGUAUCCUCAUUUCUAUUUUUAGUUACUUUAUUCUCUAUAUUAUUUUAA